CAACACUUUAGUUUUAGUAGGACACUGGACAAUCACAAUUUACAAGCAGUUGUAGCCGUUUUAGGUACCUAUCAUAUUUUACUGGUUAAACGAUGCUAAAAGAAGUAUAUGUACGUCCUAUGCCUAUUAUAAAUAUAUGUAUAUAAAUUAAUAUAUUAUAAGAGUAUAGACGUAUUAGUAGACAUUAAUUUUAAAUUACUAUUUAAUAUAAUAAUUAUUUUAAUUUAUUAAUAUGCUUAAAACGUGUUACGGAUUGUGUUCACUUCGUACAGGAGUAAAAAUUGUAGCGUUUUACGAACUGAUUUGUACAAUCCUGUUCUUUUUAAGUGUUUUUGUAUACGAAAUGUUUAAUAAGAUUUAUCAAUUUUAUGAUGAUAUUGACGUUUAUUAUUUUCUACAGUCGUGCAUAAUAAUAAUUACUCUAUUAAAACUUUUGGCCAAUGUAUCUUUGAUGCAAUCUACAUUUCAGAACGCGCCGUCAAAGAUAUUUUUUUGGAUUGUGAUCACUUGCAUCGUUUAUCUUACUGCUUUUAUCGUUUCAAUUAAGAUGUACAUUCACAAAGUGCACCGAAAUAUGUUCUUCGUCAAAUCCACGGACUUCGGAAACCUAGAAUGUCAUCUUCUCCUAGUUUUUAUUUUGAUAAACUUUUUGUCUAUUGUUGAAAUUCACGUCGUCACGUCAUACUACAAAGAAGAGAAACAUUUGAAAGAGAUCGAACAGUGUACAAAAACGUACAUCAUAAUGUCGUCAUUGAAAACUCAUAGAGACAUAGAGAAUAAUAUGUUCAUCGACGACUUCUCAAAUCUUCCAAUUACCAGGUCUGCCGCAGAGGUAGAAGCAUCGAUUUUCACUUCUUUUAAAGGGGUGCCAGUUUAAUACUAUUCGUUUAUGAGGCUAUAAUGUGUUUUGUAAUUUAUAAACAAUGAAUCAACAAAUUUGUAUUUGCUUUUUAAGUAUAUUAUUUUGUUAUCAGUUAACUCAAGUUAUUUAAUGUAUAAGUACCUAAUUUUAAACUUACUACGCACAGUUGUAAAGACAAUUAAAUUGUGUAUAA